AUGGUGAGCAAGCAGCAGAUGAUGCUGGCUACCUCCGUGUCCCCAGAGAAGAAGAAUCCCACAUACACACCAUCCCCAUCAACUGAACCUGAAACAUCAUCCACAGCCACAUACACACCAUCCCCAUCAACAUCAUACACAACUACAACAUUCCCAUCGACCGAAACGGAAUUAUCAUCCACAACUACAUCAUCCCUAUCAACCGUACCUAAAACAUCAUCCACAACUACAACAUUUCCAUCAAUUGAAACAUCAUCCACAACAACAACAUCCAUAUCAAUCAAACCUGAAACAUCAUCCACAGCCACAUACACAACAUUCCCAUCAACCGAACCUGAAACAUCAUCCAUAUCUACAACAUCCCUAUCAACUGAAACUGAAACAUCAUCCAUAACUACAACAUCCAUAACAAUCAAACCUGAAACAUCAUCCACAGCUACAUACACAACAUCCCCAUCAACCGAACCUGAAACAUCAUCCACAACUACAACAUUUCCAUCAACUGAUACUGAAACAUCAUCCACAAUUACAACAUCCAUAUCAACCAAACCUGAAACAUCAUCCACAGCCACAUACACACCAUCCCCAUCCCCAUCAACUGAACCUGAAACAUCAUACACAACUACAACAUUCCCAUCGACCGAAACGGAAUCAUCAUCCACAACUACAUCAUCCCUAUCAACUGUACCUCAAACAUCAUCCACAACUACAACAUUUCCAUCAACUGAUACUGAAACAUCAUCAACAACAUCCAUAUCAAUCAAACCUGAAACCUCAUCCACAGCCACAUACACAACAUUUCCAUCAAUUGAAACAUCAUCCACAACUACAACAUCCAUAUCAAUCAAACCUGAAACAUCAUCCACAGCCACAGCCACAUACACAACAUCCCCAUCAACCGAACCUGAAACAUCAUCCACAACUACAACAUUUCCAUCAACUGAUACUGAAACAUCAUCCACAACUACAACAUCCAUAUCAACCAAACCUGAAACAUCAUCCACAGCCACAUACACACCAUCCCCAUCAACUGAACCUGAAACAUCAUCCACAACUACAACAUUCCCAUCAACCGAAACGGAAUCAUCAUCCACAACUACAUCAUCCCUAUCAACCGUACCUCAAACAUCAUCCACAACUACAACAUUUCCAUCAAUUGAAACAUCAUCCACAACUACAACAUCCAUAUCAAUCAAACCUGAAACAUCAUCCACAGCCACAUACACAACAUUCCCAUCAACCGAACCUGAAACAUCAUCCAUAUCUACAACAUCCCUAUCAACAACUACAACAUUCCCAUCAACUGAAACAUCAUCAAUAACUACAACAUCCAUAUCAACCAAACCUGAAACAUCAUCCACAGCUACAUACACAACAUUCCCAUCAACCGAACCUGAAACAUCAUCCAUAUCUACAACAUCCCUAUCAACAACUACAACAUUCCCAUCAACUGAAACUGAAACAUCAUCCAUAACUACAACAUCCAUAACAACCAAACCUGAAACAUCAUCCACAGCUACAUACACAACAUCCCCAUCAACCGAACCUGAAACAUCAUCCACAACUACAACAUUUCCAUCAACUGAUACUGAAACAUCAUCCACAAUUACAACAUCCAUAUCAACCAAACCUGAAACAUCAUCCACAGCCACAUACACACCAUCCCCAUCCCCAUCAACUGAACCUGAAACAUCAUACACAACUACAACAUCCCUAUCAACCGUACCUCAAACAUCAUCCACAACUACAACAUUUCCAUCAACUGAUACUGAAACAUCAUCAACAACAUCCAUAUCAAUCAAACCUGAAACCUCAUCCACAGCCACAUACACAACAUUUCCAUCAAUUGAAACAUCAUCCACAACUACAACAUCCAUAUCAAUCAAACCUGAAACAUCAUCCACAGCCACAGCCACAUACACACCAUCCCCAUCAACUGAACCUGAAACAUCAUCCACAACUACAACAUUCCCAUCAACCGAAACGGAAUCAUCAUCCACAACUACAUCAUCCCUAUCAACCGUACCUCAAACAUCAUCCACAACUACAACAUUUCCAUCAAUUGAAACAUCAUCCACAACUACAACAUCCAUAUCAAUCAAACCUGAAACAUCAUCCACAGCCACAUACACAACAUUCCCAUCAACCGAACCUGAAACAUCAUCCAUAUCUACAACAUUCCCAUCAACUGAAACAUCAUCAAUAACUACAACAUCCCCAUCAACCGAACAUGAAACAUCAUCCACAACUACAACAUUUCCAUCAACUGAUACUGAAACAUCAUCCACAACUACAACAUCCAUAUCAACCAAACCUGAAACAUCAUCCACAGCCACAUACACAACAUUCCCAUCGACCAAAACUGAAACAUCAUCCACAACUACAACAUUUCCAUCAAUUGAAACAUCAUCCACAACUACAUCAUCCAUACCAAUCAAACCUGAAACAUCAUCCACAGCCACAUACACAACAUUCCCAUCAACCGAACCUGAAACAUCAUCCACAACUACAACAUUUCCAUCAACUGAUACUGAAACAUCAUCCACAACUACAACAUCCAUAUCAACCAAACCUGAAACAUCAUCCACAGCCACAUACACAACAUUCCCAUCGACCAAAACUGAAACAUCAUCCACAACUACAACAUUUCCAUCAAUUGAAACAUCAUCCACAACUACAUCAUCCAUAUCAAUCAAACCUGAAACAUCAUCCACAGCCACAUACACAACAUUCCCAUUAACCGAACCUGAAACAUCAUCCAUAUCUACAACAUCCCUAUCAACAACUACAACAUUCCCAUCAACUGAAACAUCAUCCAUAACUACAACAUCCAUAUCAACCAAACCUGAAACAUCAUCCACAGCUACAUACACAAUAUCCCCAUCAACCGAACCUGAAACAUCAUCCACAACUACAACAUUUCCAUCAACUGAUACUGAAACAUCAUCCACAACUACAACAUCCAUAUCAACCAAACCUGAAACAUCAGCCACAUACACACCAUCCCCAUCAACUGAACCUGAAACAUCAUACACAACUACAACAUUCCCAUCGACCGAAACGGAAUCAUCAUCCACAACUACAUCAUCCCUAUCAACCGUACCUCAAACAUCAUCCACAACUACAACAUUUCCAUCAAUUGACACAUCAUCCACAACUACAACAUCCAUAUCAAUCAAACCUGAAACAUCAUCCACAGCUACAUACACAACAUCCCCAUCAACCGAACCUGAAACAUCAUCCACAACUACAACAUUUCCAUCAACUGAUACUGAAACAUCAUCCACAACUACAACAUCCAUAUCAACCAAACCUGAAACAUCAUCCACAGCCACAUACACAACAUUCCCAUCGACCAAAACUGAAACAUCAUCCACACCUACAACAUUCCCAUCAACCGCAAUGGCAACAUCCACAUCUACCAAACCUGAAAUAUCAUCCACAGCCACAUACACAACAUCCCCAUCAACUGUACCUAAAACAUCAUCCACAAUUACAACAUCCAUAUCAAACAAACAUGAAACAUCACCCACCGCCACAUACACAACAUUCCCAUCAACUAAAACUGAAACAUCAUCCACAGAUAUAACAUCCAUAUCAAGCAAACCUGAAUCAUCAUCCACAGCCACAACAUUCCCAUUGACCGAAAUGGAAACAUCCUCCAAAACUACAACAUUCCCAUCAACUGAAACUGAAACAUCAUCCAUAGCCAGAAACUCAUCAUCUCCACCAACUGAACCAGAAACCUCAUCCACAACUACAACAACUCCAUCAACCAAACUAGAAACAUCAUACACAGCCACAUGCAUUACUGACCCAUCAACCGAAACUGAAAAAUCAUCCAUAACAUCCCCAUCAACCAAAAUUGAAACAUCAUCCACAACUACAACAACCCUAUCAACCGAAACUGAAACAUCAAACAUAUCUACAACAACCUUAUCAACUGAACCUGAUACAUCAUCCACAACUACAACAUCCAUAUCAACUGAACCUGGAACAUCAUACACAGCCACAUACACAACAUCCUCAUCAACCAAACCUGAAACAUCCUCCACAACUACAACAUUCCCAUCGACCGAAACAGAAACAUCCUCCAAAACUACAACAUUCCCAUCAACUGAAACUGAAACAUCAUCCAUAGCCAGAAACACAUCAUCUCCGCCAACUGAACCAGAAACAUCAUCCACAACUACAACAUUCCCACCAACCGAACCAGAAACAUCAUACACAACCACACACAUUACUUACCCAUCAACCGAAACUGAAACAUUAUCCACAUCCACAACAUCCCCAUCAACCGAAAUUGAAACAUCAUCCACAACUACAACAACCCCAUCAACUGAACCUGAAAUAUCGUACAUAACCAAAUACAUGACAUCCCUAUCAACCGAACCUGAAACAUCAUCCACAACUACAACAUUCCUUUCAGCCAAACCUGAAACAUCAUACACAGCCACAUACACAACAUUCCCAUUGACCGAAAAUGAAACCUCAUCCACAACUACAACAUCUAAAUCAACCCAAACUGAAACAUCAUCCACAGAUACAAUAUCCACAUCAACCAAACCUGAAACAUCAUCCACAACUACAACAUUCCCAACAACCAUAGCUGCAACAUCAUCCACAACUACAUCCCCAUUAACCAAACCUGAAACAUCAUCCACAGUCAGAAACACAUCAUCCCCACCAACCGAACCAGAAACAUUAUACACAACCACACACAUUACUUACCCAUCAAACAAAACUGAAACAUCAUCCACAUCUACAACAUCCCCAUCAACGGAAAUUGAAACAUCAUCCACAUCCACAACAACCGCAUCAACCGAACCUGAAACAUCAUACACAACCACAUCCACAACAACCCCAUCAACCAAAACUGAAUCAUCAUCCACAACAUCCCCAUCCCCCGAAAUUGAAACAUCAUCCACAACAACGGCAUCAACCAAACCUGAAACAUCAUACACAACCACAUACUUGACAUCCCCAUCAACCGAAACUGAAACAUCAUCCACAUCCACAACAUUCCCAUCAGCUGAAACAUCAUCCACAAUUACAACAUCCAGAUCAACCAAACCUGAAACAUCAUCCACAGCCACAUACACAACAUUCCCAUUAACCGAAACUGAAACAUCAUCCACAUCCACAACAUUCCCAUCGACCGAAACAUCAUUCACAACUACAACAUCCCUAUCAACCAAACCUGAAACAUCAUCCACAUCCACAACAACCCCAUCAACCGAACCUGAAACAUCAUCCACAUCCACAACAACCCCAUCAACCGAACCUGAAUCAUCAUCCACAUCCACAACAACCCCAUCAACCGAACCUGAAUCAUCAUACACAACCACCUACAUGAUAUCCCCAUCAAUCGAAACGGAAACAUACUCCAUAACUACAACAUCUGCAAUAUCAAAACGUGAAACAUCAGUGAACGUCACAUCUGAAACAUUUACAACAGAUGGAACGACAACCACUAUCUCAGUAGAAAAACGCUCAACAGCCUCCCUUCAAACAUUUAAAGCUACAACUGAGACAUCAACAACUACACUUGAAACUCCAGUUUCUACACCAAGUGACUCUUCAGCUAUCACUGUACCUGCAACACUGUCUACAGUUACAUCAGGAAGGAUACCUACAGCCCCACCAACAGAAUCACCAUUAGAAACAUCCAAAGCUACAUUUGAGACAUCAAUAUCAACCAUUCCAGUAACUACAGAGAUAACCCCCACCGGAAUAUCAGCUACAACAGAAAGUCGAAUAGCAACAACCUCACCUGGAAAUGUAUUGACAACUACAAUCACAUCCUCAAUAUCUGCUUCAACUACUGAGGGAAAAACAGAAAACCCAUCUUCCAUCACUCCGGAACCUCCAGCUACAAACACACGUGUUACAUCAGCAUUUACAGCCUCUUCAGAGAGGAUGAGUAUACCAACAUCGAGUACCCUCCCAGAAAUCACAACUCAGAAUUUGACAUCAACUUUAACAUCUACCUUUUCUGCAACGACUACUUCAAAUCACAGCAUAACUCGGAUGACAACAACAACAAAAACGACAAAAGCCACUGCAGGUUCAGUCGUAACUGAACCUGGCAGUGUGACGGACAAAGUUGACUCAACCAAACCUGAAUCUUCAACGACCACACCUGUGCCAAUCCCACCUCCACCCUCAUCAACUAAUGACAUCUUUGUGGCCAUUACUUUGGUUAUCCUAUUAUUGAUUUUGGUUGCUAUAACUUUAGUUAUUUUUUUCUUUGAUCAAAAUCCUUGCAGAGGGAGCUAUAAUUUAUAAUAUCUUGGACACAAAAUGUAUUUUUGACUGAAAGGACCUCACGUAGUAGACAAGUGCAACCUCAAGAAAGGGAGAGUAAGAAAUCUAUCCCAUGUUGAUGUCACCUGAAAAGAUUUAGUGCCUUUGAAGGGGGUAUGGUAGUAGGUGCCAGGCACAUCGGUUUGAGUGUGUCAAGAACUGCAACGCUGUUGGGUUUUUCACACUCAACAGUUUCCCGUGUGAAUCAAGAAUGGUCCACCACCCAUAGGACAUCCAGCCAACUUGACAACUGUGAGAAAGAAUUGGAGUCCACAUAGGCCAGCAGCAUCCCUGUGGAAUGCUUUUUGACACCUUGUAGUCCAUGCCCUGAUGAAUUGAGGCUAUUCCGAGGGCAAAAGGGAGUGCAACUCAAUAUUAGGAAGGUGUUCCUAAUGUUUUGUACACUGUGUAUACACUCUUAGAAAGAAGGGUUCCAAUAGGAAAACCCUUUUUGGUUCCAGAUAUAACCCUUUUGGGUUCAAUGUAGAACCUUCUGCACCAAAAAGGGUUCUUCAAAGAGUUCUCCUAUGGGGACAGGCGAAGAACCCUUAUAGGUUCUAGAUAACUUCCAACUUACCGUAACUUUGUUGUUAAAGUAUUAUAAAAACAUGAGGUACCAAACCCGCUCACAGGAUUGGUUAACUCUUGAGGUUCCUCGGGUCUCCACUGAAUUAGGUAGAUCCGCUUUUAGUUUUAAAGUACCUCAUUGUUGUAACCAACUGCAAAACACACUGCAAUUGGAUGCUCUGACGUUUUUAGUUUUUAUUUCACCUUUAUUUAACCAAGUAGGCCAGUUGAGAACAAGUUCUCAUUUACAACAGCGACCUGGCCAAGAUAAAGCAAAGCAGUGUGACAAAAACAACAACACAGAGUUACACAUGGGAUAAACAAACGUACAGUUAAUAACACAAUAUAAAAUCUGUAUACAGUGUAUGCAAAUGAAGUAAGGAGGUAAGGCAAUACAUAGGCCAUAGUGGCAAAGUAAUUACAAUUUAGCAAUUGACACUGGAGUGAUAGAUGUGCAGAUGCUGUCGCUUGGGGAAUUAAAAAUAUUGAUUGGGGAACUAUUUGCUGAGGAAAGUGGCUGUUUUUCUUGAUUGUUUGUUGUGCUGUAUUUUUGUUCUUGUACUUUGAAUUGUAUAUGCAGCGCUCCCUUGCGAAGGAAACCCUGGUCUCAAUGGU